UUUGAACAUGUUAUAGUAUCGUCAUUAUUCGAUUUUGCUUGCAGGGAGAGCACAUUGAACCUGAUGGCUUCGUUCGGCCACAGACUGGUUUGGAUUCUGUGUGGAAUGAUGACAGCCAUCUUAAUGUUGGACCAGUUCCUGAAAAUCAGUGUCCCAAAGACUCCUCAGUUCAUGACCAAGUACCAAAGUCAGAGGUUGUACGAAACGGAUGUCAAGGACAAUGAUGAUAUACAAAGAGUGACAAGAAUACAAAGUAGUUCUACAAUUUCGACAGUUACAAAGUCAGUCAAAAAGACUAGUUAUCCACUUACAUUAAUGUCACCCUAUCUUAUUAAUAACCCAUCAAUAUGUAAAACAAAGGAAAAGUUAAACUACGUUGUGAUUGUUCACACAUCAACAGACCACUUCAAAAGACGCAGCAUCAUACGACAGACUUGGGGUAGCAUCAAUAUUUUGCGCAAUGGGGGUUUUCGAAUAGUUUUCUUCUUUGGAUUAUCUAAAAAUAAAGGUACGCAAACGAUGCUUGAAAAUGAAAGUACUGUGUAUGGUGAUAUUGUUCAAGGACAUUUCGUUGACUCUUAUCACAAUUUGACGCAUAAAGGUGUUCUCACCUAUCGAUGGCUGAGUGAAUUUUGUUCUAAUGUUGAAAUGGUUGUUAAAGUUGAUGAUGACAUGUUUGUUAAUUUAUUCUAUUUGAUGGAGUAUUACCUUCCAAAGUACCGCAAAUCAAAACGGAGCAUAAUGUGCCAUAUCAGACCGAAGGGCACCAGUCCAAUAAUGCGCCAGAAAAGUAAAUGGCAAGUGAAUGAGGACCAGUUUAAGAAUAUGACUCACUAUCCUGUUACAUAUUGCAAUGGAUAUUUUGUGCUGAUAUCGGCAGACAUUAUCCGGGAACUUUACAAAUCCUCCUUUUUGACGCCCUUCUUCUGGGUGGAUGAUGUAUAUUUGUACGGGUUACUGCCAGCUAGAAUUGGGGAUGUUGAAUUUACACAGAUCGCUAAGUAUCUGACGCUUCACCAGGAGGCGGGUAUGAAGUGUUACAGCGGAAACACAACGUGUAAAUACGUAGCUUCAUACGCUGAGAAAAAAAGUUACAUGGAAAUAAUGUGGUAUGCAUCUCUAAAAAUGUAUGCCAAUAUAGCCCAGAAAUUCAUAGCAAAGGAACUGCUCAUCGCGUAAAAGUUGUCAACAUUUUUGUCAUGUCAGGUUUCUGUAGUAUAAAAUGUGAGGAGAUAUAUGUAAUGCAAUACUUGUACAGUACAACUGUACUCUUUUUUUCUUAUAAACAUGUAUAUUGAAUUGGGUAAUCCACGUGAUUUGCAUAAUAAAAAAGAUUUUAACUAAAUGUACUUAUUUAAUGACAUCUUCAUUUGUGUAAUAUUCGUCCUUUAGAUUUUAAUAUUGAUGUAUAAUGACUUUGUUCAUUUUUAGUGAAGAAGAAUUGUUCACAAGUUAAGUUGACUCUUUUAUGAUUAUUACGUCUCUACUUCGUUGGCAGGCUUUUUUAGUCUGUGUUACAGAUGAAGACACUACGCUCUAGAGAUCCCUCAGAAGGAGAAUAAGGUUGACUGAUUAAUGAAGACAUAUUCAGGCACUUUAUUUUUUGUACAAUGUUAAGAUUUUAAGUUAUAUGGUCUAUAACAUUGUAUAUUUAGCGAAAGAGAAAAAUAAAUUGCCCAUGAAUAAAA